AUGGACUCGCACUGCGACUGUGCCGAGCCUCCGGCCGCCGAGCAGCCGUCGGGGAGGAUUAACAAAACCGCCUUCAAACUGUUCAAGAGGAGGAAAUCCGGGGGCACCAUGCCGAGCAUCUUCGGGGUGAGGAGCAAAGGCGGAGGGAAGGGCGCCAGCAAAGCGGGGAUGGUGCGGAGCCGGACGCACGACGGCUUGGCCGACGCCGUGCUGGAGAGCAGCAAGAAGGAGGAACCGGGCGGCGGCGACCCGCAGAGCAAGGAGGGCGCAGCCCGGCCGGCCGGCAGCCUCGGCGUCUCCCCCGGCAGCUCGGUGGCCAAGUCGCACAGCUUCUUCUCCCUGCUGCGGAAGAACGGCAGGCCGGAGAACGGCAAGGCGGAGAGCGCGGAGCAGCGGGCUGGCGGCAGACAAAAGAAGGGGCUGAAAGGGAUCUUCAGCAGCAUGCGAUGGCACAAAAAGGACAAAAAUGGCAAGGAGGAGAGGGGGGAAACCUCGGAGAUCCAGUCAGGUCUUAUUAUGCCGGGGUCUUUGACUGCCAGCCUGGAGUGCAUCAAAGAGGAGACGCCAAAACCUUUGUCUGAAACUCCCAACAGCGCAGGAGGCGUUGGGCUGGAACCACCGCGGGAGAAGCGCAGCGGCGAGGCCCACGCCUCGGCCGAGGAGCCCAAAGCGGGAAGUGGGGAGUCCCAGGACAGCAAGCCCCCGCCAGGGGAGGACCCUGCCGCCGCUGGAAGGCAACCCGAGGAGCUCAGCCACGAGCGACCGGACCUGGGCGCCGGAGAGGUUGGGACUGCAAAGGAUGCGGCCAUAACAGGCUGUGGAGAUAUUAUUGCGGACCAUGAGGAGGAUGUGGGCGGCGGGAGUGGCGGCUGCGAGAAGAGCACCCCCGGGGCUGGCAAGCUGGGUGGCUCCAAGAAGCACCCCACCAUGGUGGCCUACCAGGGAGGAGGGGAGGAGAUGGCCAGCCCGGACCAGGUGGAUGACACCUACCUGCAGGAGUUCUGGGAUAUGCUGUCGCAGACAGAGGAGGUCCAGACAGAAGGAGGAGGAGGUGGAGGAGGGACAAGGAAGCCGGAGAGGUUGAAGGAGAACCGAGGUACCGAGGGGGCCCAGAACAGGGUGGCAGUGAAACGUGGUGGCCUCCACCAGAUCCCCAUUCACCUCAGCCACAAGGAGGAUCAGAAGGGCAGGGAGAAGGAGCAGCACGAAGGCGUCCCAAACAGCGACGAGGGCUACUGGGAUUCCACCACCCCUGGUCCUGAGGAAGAUGGUUCCACAAGCAUCCAGAAGGAGACCAUUCCCAGGGACAGCUACAGUGGGGAUGCUCUCUAUGACCUCUACACCGAGCCAGAUGAGAACCCACCGGCAGGGCCUACGGAUGAAGAGGUCACCUGCGUGCCACGCUCCAAGCCCGUGUCUCCGGUAACGACCACGUGCUCACUGAAAACACCCUCAAGCACAGUGAAGGACUCCAAGAUACCCAUCAGCAUUAAACACCUUUCGUCGCAUCCUGCCAGCCAUGGAGCAGACGCCAGUAUCAGCCAUCAUGUCGCAUACCAUCACCUGGCCAAAAGCGAGAUGCACAGAACAAAAAUCCCUGUCUCUAAAGUACUGGUACGGCGGGUCAGUAACAGGGGCUUAGCAGGGACAACAGUGAAAGCUGCCACAUACCAGGACAGUGCCAAAAAGUAG